GUAAAAUAAACAACCCCAAAUGCACCUCACAGAGCAGCGUAGUGGUAGUCAAGCCGCAUUGGCAAAUUGAAGCUGAAAACGGCCUCAGAGAAUCUCAAUUGCUGCAAUGUCUUCCUUGUUCAGAUUAAAGAGAUUUCCCUUUCUUGCUAACCCCACUUUUCUUCUUUCAUUUCACUCCCAUUUUCAUUAUGUACCCUCUUCCAUUCACAAUGUUGAUGAUGCUGUCUCACACUUCAACCGCUUGCUCCAAUUGCAUCCUACCCCUUCCAUCAUCGAAUUUAGUAUGAUUUUAUCUUCCCUACUGAAGAUGAAGCAUUACUCCACCGCUAUAUCCCUUUCUCGCCAAAUGGAACUUAAGGGAAUUGCGCCAAACUUUAUUACUCUCAGCAUAUUGAUCAACUGUUACUGCCAUCUAGGUCAAAUCACUUUCGCAUUUUCUGUACUCGCCAACAUUCUCAAGAGGGGUUAUCACCCAAAUACAAUCACCUUGAAUACACUUAUGAAAGGUCUUUGUCUUAAAGGCAAGGUUCGAAGAGCGCUUCGAUUUCAUGACGAUUUGGUGGCACAGGGAUUUCGGUUGGAUCAAUUUAGCUACGCGAUCUUGAUCAAUGGGCUAUGCAAAAUGGGAGAAAUAAGAGCUGCAUUGGAAUUGCUUAGAAGGCAAUUGGUUAAGCCUGAUGUGGUAAUGUACACUACAAUCAUUGAUAGCUUGUGCAAAGAUAAACUUGUAAGUGAUGCAUAUGACUUAUAUUCUGAAAUGGUUUCCAAGAGAAUUCCACCUAAUGCUGUCACUUAUACUUCAUUGAUAUAUGGCUUUUGCAUUGUUGGUCAAUUGCAACAAGCGGUUGGUUUGUUAAACGAAAUGAUUUUGAAACGCAUGGACGUGGAAGUUCAUACUUUUAAUAUAUUGGUUGAUGCUUUAUGUAAGGAAGGAAAUGUGAAAGAAGCAAAAAAUGUGUUUGCUGUGAUGAUGAAACAAGGCGUGAAACCUAAUAUUGUUAGUUAUAGUUCUUUGAUGGAUGGGUAUUGUCUAGUUAAGGAAGUAAACAAGGCCAAAGAUAUAUUCAACUUAAUGGUCAAAAGGGGAGUGAGUCCUGAUGUUCAGAGCUACACUAUCAUAAUUAAUGGUUUGUGUAAGAUUAAAAUGGUGGAUGAAGCCUGGAAACUUUUAGAUGAAAUGCAUUCCGAAAAGAUAAUUGCUGAUACAAUAUGCUACAAUUCUCUUAUUGAUGGUUUGUGCAAAUUAGGGAGAAUCUCUGAUGCUUGGAAGCUUGUUAAUGAGAUGCAUCAUAGAGGUACACCACCUGAUGUUAUCACUUACAACCCUUUACUUGAUGUUUUAUGCAAAAGCCUUAAUGUUGACAAGGCAAUUGCAUUAAUCAAAGAAAUUCAAGAUCAGGGUAUUAAGCCAGAUGUCUUUACAUACACUAUACUAAUCGAUGGACUAUGCAAAGUAGGAAGACUUAAGGAUGCUCAGGAGAUUUUUCAGGAUAUUUUAAUAAAAGGCUACAAUGUAACUGUCCAGGCAUACACAGUUAUGAUCAAUGGGUAUUGCAAAGAGGGCUUGUGUGAUGAAGCAUUGGCAUUGAUUUCAAAAAUGGAGAGCAGCGGUCGUAUGCCUGAUGCUGUAACUUAUGAAAUAAUUAUUCGUGCUCUUUUUGAAAAAGGUGAGAAUGAUAAGGGAGAGAAGCUUCUUCGUGAAAUGGUUGCUAGAGGUUUACUUUACAACUAG